UUCCCGAGCUCCUGAACGCGGGUCCAUGGGGACCCGAGGCCCAGGGGGGUGAGCAGCGAGCACCUGCGCCCCGGGGAAGCCCUGUCCCCCCCCCCCCGCAUCUCCCCUCAAGCCCCGGGCCAUGGGGAGACCCGUGAGGCUGCCGCCGGAACAGCCCUGCCGAGAAGGCUAUGUGCUGUCUCUGAUCUGUCCCAACUUCUCCCAGGCCUCGUGUGAAAUCACCAAUGUGUCUCAGCUGCUCGCUUCAUCCGUCCUGCGCACAGACCUGAAUUCCAGCAUCACCGACUUCAGCAUUUCCUCAAGCGCAGAGAACAGAUACAGUCUUUAUGUGGGCUUGGUACUGGCCAUGAGCUCCAGCGUUUUCAUUGGCUCCAGCUUCAUACUGAAAAAGAAGGGUCUCUUGCAACUGGCCAACAAGGGCGUUACUAGAGCAGGACAGGGUGGACAUUCUUACCUCAAGGAAUGGCUGUGGUGGGCAGGAUUGCUGUCCAUGGGAGCGGGAGAGGCUGUGAACUUCGCGGCGUAUGCAUUUGCCCCCGCGACUUUGGUCACCCCCCUGGGUGCCCUGAGCGUUCUCAUAAGUGCAAUACUGUCUUCCUACUUUUUAAAUGAGAGUUUGAACAUUCAUGGGAAAAUGGGCUGCAUAUUAAGUGUACUGGGGUCAACGGUGAUGGUUAUCCAUGCCCCACAAGAAGAGGAGGUCACAUCUCUGCAUGAAAUGGAAAUGAAAUUGAGAGACCCAGGGUUUGUUUCCUUUGCCGUCAUUGUCAUUGUCAUCUCCUUGGUGCUAAUUCUGAUCGUGGCUCCCAGGAGAGGCCAGACCAACAUCCUGGUCUACAUCUCCAUCUGCUCUCUGAUCGGAGCGUUUUCAGUGUCUUCCGUCAAGGGCCUGGGGAUCGCCAUUAAGGAGCUGCUGGAGUGGAAGCCCGUCUACAAGAACCCCCUGGUCUUCGGGCUGCUGGCCACGCUCGUGCUAUCAGUGACCACACAGAUUAAUUAUCUCAACAAAGCCCUGGACACCUUCAACACGUCGCUCGUGAGCCCCAUCUACUACGUGCUCUUCACGUCCACGGUGGUGAUGUGCUCUGCCAUCCUGUUCCAGGAGUGGUACGGCAUGAAGGCUGCGGAUGUCAUCGGAACCCUCAGCGGGUUCUUCACCAUCAUCAACGGGAUCUUCCUCCUGCACGCCUUCAAGAACGCGGACAUCACCUGGAGGGAGCUCACCUCCACUGCCAAGAAAGACGUCCUUUCUCCCAACGGCACUCAGAACAGUUACGUUUUACUAGAGAACGUAGAUUAUUCGACUUCAGGACAUGAUGAUGAUGUCACUUUGUUUAGCAGGACUGAUGACCAGAAUCGCUAUAAACCUUGAACUUAACCAAUAGGAAACAUGUGAACAGAAGGAAGACUUACCCUGUGGGGAACGUUAGCAUUUUUAGUGGCACAUAAAUGUAUUUUGGGUAGCAGCGAGCCUUUGGCCACCAAAUUUGAAAAUCGAGUUUGGGUAUUAUAUUUUCCUAUAAGAUCUGUGACUUUCUACAUUUAUAACCACUGGAAUAGUUCCCAGGUAUAAAAGAAGUCAGAGGCCAUAUAUAUCUCAGGAUAAUCCUUCUAGUAACAGUGUGUUUGGCUGUGCCAGGUGGCUAGCCUUAGGCUCCUGGUCAUUCACUGUUAAAUACGCAGCGGUCAGUCACCAUUCUCUCUGACGAGUCAUUAAAACGGUGAAAUUUAAA